UUAACACAACUUUGCUUUACCCCGUCUUUUACAGAUUACACAAAGGGCUGAAUCCAAAAGUAAAGUACAGCUGCCUGAAUGAUAACCAGGAGGAGAGAGGCCCUGCCAGGAUCUUCGGCGUGGCACUGCUGGUGGCGACUCCUCUGUCUCCUGCGCUCAAACCACGCUGAUAGACAGACCUGCAAUGGAAGUGCCUCUUGUUAAUUUUGAAAACAUGGAUGAAGUCGGCAUCAACCUGGGUGACCCGAGUGACUCCGGGUACCCAACGUCACCCACCUCAGAGGCCCCGGAUCAGAAUCUGUUAACCCGCCGUCUCACUUCUCCUCACCAGUCGCCACACAGAGGACGACAUGGGCAUCAGUCCGGUCAAGAGGGGCUGUCACCGUCCUCUCCCCCGACUCUGACCGCAAAAGGGAACUCCAGCAGUGGCAGCUUGAUCUCUAAUCUGAAGCUCAUGAUCAACAGCGAGUCUCCCACUGACAGCGUCUUCAGUAAGAUGGCGAAGGAUUGCUACGAGAAUGAAGAUUUGUUUGAAAGGCAUUGCGUGGAAGAAAAAGAUGAGAAAGUUGUCAUCAAUAUUUCAGGCCUGAUGUUCGAGACCCAGCUCAGCACCCUGAAUAAGUUCCCAGAGACACUGCUUGGUGACCCCAUGAAGCGGAUAAGCUACUUCGACCCAAUGAGAAAUGAAUACUUUUUUGAUAGAAACCGCCCGUCCUUUGAUGGGAUUCUGUACUACUACCAGUCCGGGGGGAGAAUCCGCAGACCAGCCAAUGUUCCCUUAGAUGUUUUUGCUAAUGAAAUUGUUUUCUACGAGUUGGGUCACGAAGCGAUGGAGCAGUUCCGUGAAGACGAAGGCUUUGUUAAAGAGCCAGAGGUCCUUUUGCCCACCAACGAACUCCAGCGACAGUUCUGGCUCUUAUUUGAAUACCCAGAGAGCUCCAGUGCAGCCAGAUCUGUAGCUCUGGUUUCUGUGUUUGUCAUCGUCAUUUCCAUCUUCAUCUUCUGCCUGGAGACUCUGCCAGAGUUCAGGGAGGACAAUGACUUUCUCCAGGGUUCAGCCCAAAAUAUAAAUGGCACCCAAGACGGUUCUGCCCCUCAUCCCGCCACUAAAGACGUCAUUGCUUAUAUCACAGACCCCUUUUUCAUUGUGGAGACUAUUUGCAUCAUUUGGUUCUGCUUUGAAGUCGGUGUCCGCUUUGUGGUGUGCCCCAGCAAAAGUGAUUUCUUCAAUAACAUCAUGAAUAUCAUUGACAUAGUCUCUAUAAUUCCCUACUUUGUGACCCUUGGCACAGAGCUGGCUACGACCCCUGACGAUGAUAUGAACUCUAGUCAGAACAUGUCCCUGGCGAUCCUAAGAAUCAUCCGACUAGUGAGAGUGUUCAGAAUUUUUAAGCUCUCCCGACACUCAAAAGGUCUUCAGAUCUUGGGUCACACCUUGAAAGCCAGUAUGAGGGAACUAGGGCUGCUCAUUUUCUUCCUCUUCAUAGGAGUCAUCCUGUUCUCAAGUGCCAUCUACUUUGCAGAAGUGGAUGAGCCCCAGACGCAGUUUGUCAGCAUCCCUGAUGGCUUCUGGUGGGCUGUGGUGACGAUGACCACUGUGGGAUACGGCGACAUGUGCCCCAUCACCAUGGGAGGCAAAAUGGUCGGCACCCUCUGUGCCAUUGCUGGUGUCCUGACCAUUGCCUUGCCUGUCCCCGUCAUCGUCUCCAACUUCAACUAUUUUUACCACCGAGAGACUGAGCAGGAGGAGAAACAGGUGAUGGAUGCAGCGGCAGAGGCUGCCCAGAAAAUGUCAGCUGCUAACAAGUAUGGAAGCACACCCUCACUAAACAAAAGCAACGGCACUUGGCAGAACGAGAAGAAUGGCAUGCACUGAUAGAGAAACUAAAGGAGUUAUUUAUACGAGGGGCAUGACAAACACAUGGACAGAUCAAACAUAUCUGUUAGUCAGAUACACUGGAUGAAAACAGUUUAUCUUUCUCACUAUUUUGUACUCCAAACAUGGCAGCGUUUGUGCAUACUACUACAGUAUUAAUAGGCACUGUGUGGUGGUGAGGCAGCCUUUACACAAGUUGUCUGUCUGCUUGUGGAUGUGUCAAAGUGCAAUUAACACAACUCGGCAACUACUAUGUCAGUUAACUUUGAUGAGAACACCUUAAAGGUUUCAUUAUUAUCUUUCAUCCAGUGCAAUUUGAAGAAAAAUGUGGUGGCUCAUUUGUACUAUAGACAGAUGUUUCACCUUGAAAACGUAGAUUGUUAGAGUAAACGUAGACGUGAAAGGCAAAGUAGGUUGUAAACUGUCGUUCUGGUUUGUAUUACAGUGUAAGCUUAUCCCACUAAAGAAAAGAAAAAUCAAAAACGGUAUUGAUAAUCGUAGCAUUUAGUGCCGGAUGUAUCGUUCGGAGUUUAUAUUAUAUCACAUUAGUCUGCACUUCGUCAUAUUCAGCAAAUUCUAGAUGAAACUUGGCAUGAUUUUCAAGGACAGGCUUACGUUUCCAGUGUAAGGCAAGAGGACAUCAGCGCACACAUUGUCUUAUCAGCAAAUCUAUAGCUGUGAAUGCUCAGCCCGGCACUCAGCACUUCUCCAUAUGACACAGCGUAACAGAAUCUGUGAUAAAUAGUUUGCACGUUAGCACGUCUGCUACUAUUCUUGUAGAUACAGUAGGCUGCAAAAUAUAAAGCAAACCAUGAAACUGCUUCACGUUCACUGUAUUAUAGUACAUGCAGUAGUCGCAUGCGGCAGUUUCAGUUAUUGAAUCACAGGUCAUUUUUAUCUACAUGGUUUCAUAUGAAUUAUUUGGCAUUUUGCACCAGCUGAUGCACAUUUAGCUGCAUAUGCUAUCACCCUCUAACGAGUUAUUACAAUGUGAAUUUACACUUUAAAAUCCAUAUCAAUUCAUUGCACUGAGAGUUGUUUUGUUUCCCACGUAUCUCUUAAGCACUUUUGGAGCUUUACACCAUCAGCUGUUGGUCAGGGGAAAAACGUAUUUAUUCGACUGUAUCGAAAUGUGAGAUGAGUUGUAUAUUUGUGGUCAGACUGAGAGAAUGGAGGAGAGGGCAAAGACAAAAACUUUGAGAAUAUCUCAGUUCUCUCAUUUGUAUUGCAUGGCAUAGUGUGCCGAAAUGGGGCUUAACUCUUAUUGUCAGUAACUGAAGUUUGACAUAUUUAUUGUAGGUAAAUAUACCAUAGUAUUCUAAUCAUAUAGUGAUGAUCAUUAUAUUCCACGUGAUAGGGAAAGCCAAUACUUCGAAAGGAUUUGUGAAUUGGUGACAACGGAUGAUGGCAUUUGUGUCUCAUCGGGAAAUGAAUUGGUUCUUUAUACUGUAUGCAUGCCACAUUUCACUCUUGAAAAUGUACUGUAUGUGAGUUUAUUAUACACGUAAACACAGCUUGUAUUGAAACGGCAGUGGAUGUAGUUGUAACUCAAUGAAUGCCUUUCUAAUAAUCCUACAAUAUGCAAUAAUGAUGACAUGCGGGUGGAAAACAAAUGUGUUGUAUUUCUCACUCAUGGAAAGAGCAAUACCUAGUAUUAAAAAUGAAAUGCAAUAAGGUGACAACAGUUAGUCACGUGGGUACUCAGCACUUUACUAUGUCAUGAAGCACUUAAUAGUUGAGGACUGUUACUGUAUGUGUCAGCAUUUUACAGUAAACAGUGUCAUAAUUUGCUAUGUUUUAUUUAUCCUGUAAAGAGUGCCUUCCAUUAAACAUGUAUCCUAACUGUG